UGGCACCAGAUUGACUGUUGACGGCUUCUCUUUCGGCUCAUUCCUCCAACAACAAUCAGCUCAUGGCAGAGCUGAAAGAUGAAGCUGAAGUCAAUCAAUCCACAGAACAACAAUCUCAUUCUUUUGUGGAAGUGAUUUGCAAAUGCACCGGCAAGACUUGGCGAUUUGCUGCUGGAACAGAGGCAAAAUUCGCAUUGAAAUUUAUCAAUCGCAGUAGCGUUGAUUCUAUCUUGGCAAACCAACCUGCAACUUACGUUGAAGCUGUUAAAGAUGGGGAAGUGCCUGUGAUAUUUGGCCCCAAUUCAAUUCUUGUGAAUUAUGGCAAAGGAUGGAAAUUGCAGCCAGUCACUGAGACAACAACAGGUUUUUCAAGCGGGAUGCCUGAUGACCACGCAGAAGUAAGACCAGCAUAUAUUCCCCCGGUUUCGGACAACUCACAUUCUGCAAGAAGUAACUCACAAGCUCCUCUAAGCCCUAUCUACAUCGGAAAGAUAUUGCUUGUGUUUGUCCUAAUGUUCUUGAUUGGUGCCCUCUUCACCUUGUUGCUGGAUAACCUUCCACAGCUAUUAUCUAGAUAUGGGCUCGACGUUGAAUAGCAUCUUUGAGAUGCAUAUAGCCUGUACUCAAGAGCACUGCUUGUAUAGAAAAUCUGAAAUAUUUGCCCGUGGUUCAUGUUAUAUUGUAAAGCUUUUCUAAAUGAA